AUGGCUCUCAACCCUCAAGUGACCAACUUGGUCAUCAUCCUGUUCAUGAUGCAGGUUUCCAAGAAGGUGGCCUUCGAAGACCCCAACGUCCUGAUGGCAGUUCGCGCACUAUACGUCGUGUCCAACCUGAUCAUCGCCGGCAUCUACCUCUAUGUGCAGGCGCAGAUCAACAAGAAGAAGGAUCUCACCGUUAUCAAGUACGUCGAGCCCGCACCCAUGGGAUCGACCGAGGAGCCCAAGCCCGUCACCACUACUGUGCACGCAUACGACGCUCAGCAGCUCCGUGGCCUGUUCAAGAGUCAGCUCAUGGGUGUCGGCAUGAUGGCCGUCAUGCAUCUCUACUUCCAGUACACCAACCCCCUCCUCAUCCAGUCCAUCAUCCCCCUCAAGGGCGCCUUUGAGGGCAACCUGGUCAAGGUCCACUUGUUCGGACAGCCUGCCGUCGGCGAGCUCAAGAGACCCUGGAAGGCCUCUGGCGGCCUGAUGGGCAUGCAGGGUGCCGGUGAUAUCAAGACCGACAAGAAGAGCAUCGAGGCCGCCGAAAAAGCAGGCAGAGGUGGUGUCAAGGACGAGUAG